AUGAAAUGCGACAGGGCUCUGCAAUGCAUAUUGGGCGGUUGGGGAUACCUUAAUGCCACGUUAACUAAUACCACUUCCGGCGCAAUCAUCCCCGAGUGGCACAGCAUCUAUCCCUCAGGCGGCUCGGUCUACGCUCCCUCCGGUCAUAUAUCCUUCGUCAUCACCGCCAAUGACACGACUCAGCCCGAGUUUCGCCCCAAAACCGUCUCCCUGCCCGCGCAGCCCUCAGACUCUCAGGCGGACUGGGCCACCGUUGCGCAGCAUAGUCUUGGCGUCUUUGGAACUUUCCAAUUCUCGAACGUUUCCUGCAGUGGUAGUGGCAAGGGCAAAGAAAAGGAUUGCAAGGGAAACAAAGGAGAUCAUGGCAAUGAGAGCGGUCCUUCAGGAACUCUGACUGUCAACAUUACGUCCGCUACGCUUCCCAGCGAUAUUGGGUAUCAAUAUGUCAACACCUUCAAGUUCACAGAUGAUUGCAAUAAGCAUGUUCUUGUAGCUGAUUUCGGUGGGGGCUUGGUGCAGACGGUUUGGUUUUACCGUCUCCCCCAGUUCGAUGUCUUUGCUUAA